GGCAUUUCUGUCUCACUCUGAAGCAGGCAAUCCGGCGUGGGACAAGUCUCACUUCCCUUUCGAGGUCACGCCAAAAUCAUAAUAACAGUGAUAAUGGUGAUGAUGAUAAUCCCCACACUAUCAUACCGGUACUACCAUGUCUGUAAGUAAGGAAGUACAGGUACCUGGUACAUACACACUGCGAAAGCUAUGUAGAUAUCCCAUCAAUCGGCGCGGUCCACGCGAUUAUCUGGCCCUCCCAGCCAGCUGCCGGCGGAGUCUCGCCCGCUAAACUACUUCUCUAGAUGUCAACAAUUGAUCACGGAGGUUCAUCUUUCGUCUUGCUGCUGGUGGUGGUGGUGGGCGGGUCGGUUGGGUUUCAGGCUUGCUUGCCCGCUUGCCUGUGCUUGCCUGUGCUUGCCUGUGCUUGAGCUUGUGUGUGCUUGCUGCCUCGCUCGCUCGCUCGUCUCCCCUUGCAGGUUGCCCUAAGUACCCUUUUGGCAACUAGAGUACAUGCUUACCUAGAGUACGGUACUUGCCUUACCUACCCUACCGGUAUCAUCCAAGUACUCUACACACUAGUAAGCGUUCGUUUUCACGGUGGCGGCAGGGCGGCGUAGUUGAUGGUGGUGGUGGCGGCGGAUGGGGUUGUUGUUGUGGUUGCGGUUGUUGUGGUUCUGGUGGUGGUGGUCCUGUCCUUCCUGACUGUCCUUCCUGGUCCCGUCCUGUCCUUCCUGGUCCUGGCCGGUGGGUUCGUUGGGCUGGCUGGCGGUGGACGUACGAUGCCAUCCAUCCAAGACAACCACCGAUACCUAUCCCGUUCGUUCUGUGCGAUGAUGAAAACGAUGAUGAUGAUAAUACUGGUAUCGAUGAUGGUAGGUUAAGCGUG